CACCGCACUGUGCAGCCGCGGCGGGAGCUUAUUAUUACCGGAGGUGAAACGGAAAAAAAUGAGCGAGGACACGCGCCCAGACGAUGACAGCUACAUUGUGCGCGUCAAAGCAGUGGUGAUGACCAGAGACGAUUCGAGCGGAGGCUGGUUGGCGCAGGACGGAUGCCUGAGCAGAGUGGGCGUGUGCAGGCUGCUGCCGACCGAACUGCUGGGACGCAACACCUUCCUCAUCCACGGAGAACGCCUCAAAGACAAGCAGGUGAUUCUGGAGUGUUUCUUAAAGAAGGAUCUGGUCUACACGAAGGCCACACCGACGUUCCACCACUGGAAGGUGGACAACAGGAAGUGUGGCCUGACUUUCCAGAGUCCGGCCGAUGCCAGAGCAUUCGACCGCGGGGUGAGGAAGGCCCUGGAGGACCUGACAGAAGGGUCGACCACAUCCUCAUCAACGCUGCAGAAUGAGGCGGAGCUCGGCGAUGACGACGUCUUCACGACGGCCACUGACAGCUCGUCCAACUCAUCCCAGAAAAGAGAGCCGGCCAUGCACACCCUGGCCCCGCCCAACUUCUGUGAGACCCGUCGGCACCACUGCAUCCUGGGACAUUUCUACGAGCAGCACCGGCCCUCUGAUCACUACUUCCUGGACCAAGUGGUGCACAUGUUCCCUCGUCACGUCAGCUUCCCGGUGGAAGAGGAAGAGAUUGUACGCAUCAACCCUCGUGAGCGAACCUGGCUCACCCGCUACGAGGACUACCGCGACGCUAACUCCACACGUGACAAACUGACCCAGCGCGACAACCUCGAAGCCUACGUACACUUCGCCAAGAGUGAGCCGCCCAAACACGACUACACCUACCCGUACCCGCUGACCUGUGAGGUGCAGCGAGGCUGCGAUGGCAAACCUGGUUGCCUGGAACUGGGCAGCGGCCACAGAGCGGUGGUGACGGUGCAGCCACGAGCCCUGCAGCCCAAAGGCAAGAGGCGGAAGGAGGACGGUGAGCGUUCGCGAUGCGUUUACUGUCAAGACAUGUUCAACCACGAGGACAACGGGCGGGGCCGCUGCCAGGAAGCACCUGACCCCAUUCAGACCUGCAUCAGGCGGGUCAGCUUCAUGUGGUGCGCGGACAGCCUGCUGUAUCACUGCAUGUCGGACCCGGAGGGGGAUUACUCGGACCCAUGCUCCUGUGACACCAGCGACGAGCGCUUCUGCCUGCGCUGGGCGGCGCUGGUUGGUUUGUCGCUGCUGGCUCCCUGCAUGUGCUGUUACGCCCCCCUCAGGGCGUGCUACCGCUGCGGCGUAGCCUGCCACUGCUGUGGCGGGAAACACAAAGCUGUGGGCUGAGGCAUUGCAGGCCCCGCUCUCCUCACAGAGACUGCAAGGACUCAUGGGAAGAGGUGGGGAAACGGAGACCGCUGUGAUUUUUAUGUUGUUUUUUGUUGUUGUUGUUGUCUCGUCUCCAAUUUCCAGAAGGUGGAGACGAAUAAUAACUUUGUCUCUUUGUCUGGAAAAAAA